GAAAUGGAGUGUCUUACUGAAUUAGCAAAAGAAGCUGUCAUAAAACUUGGAGAUUUAGUUGUGGACUCAACUGUGAAGCAUUAUAAAUAUUUGACACAACACAAAAAAAUCACAUCUAAUUUGGAGGAAGAAUAUAAGAAAUUGAAAAGGAUAAAAGAAACACUGGAAAUAAGGGUGAACAUUGAAAAAAGGAAAGGAUAUGAAAUUGCACCUGAGGUUCAAAAAUGGCUUUCUGAGGUGACAAGUAUUGAAAUUAAAUUGCAAAAAUUGCUCUCUGAUGAAAAUAAAGCUAACAAGAACAAAAAAUUCUUUGGUGGAAAAUGUCCAGAUUUUGCAUUAAAUUACUCAUUAGGCAAACAAGGUACUAAAAGCACAGAAGAUAUUACAAGCUUGAAGGAGGAAGAAAAAAAAUUCAAGGACCUAUCUUACCCCAAUGCUGCUUUAACUCUUAAAGAUAUCUUCAUAAAAGAUAUUAAAAGCCUAAUGUCUAGAAAACUACUUAUAACAGAAGUGAUAGAGAAACUAAAGGAUGAUGAAGUCAAAAUGAUUAGUAUUUGUGGAAUGGGUGGAGUGGGAAAAACCACACUUGUAAAAGAACUCAUCAAAUCAAUAGAAAUAAGUAAGUUAUUUGAUGAUGUUGUGAUGACAGUGGUUUCUCAAAAUAUAAAUUAUGAGAAGAUCCAAACUGAAAUUGCUGAGCUUUUAGGCAUUGAAAGUAAAAAAGACAGUCCACAAGGAAGAGCAAUGCAAUUAUUUGCGAGACUGAGUAAAGCUAAUAGAGUCCUAAUUGUGUUCGAUGAUGUGUGGGACAUUCUUGAUUUUGAGCUUAUUGGAAUUCCUUUUAGGGAACAUGAAAAAUCUUGCAAAAUAUUGUUUACGUCACGGGAUGAAAAUGUAUGUCUAGCUAUGGGAAGCAAAGUGAAUUAUCAAGUUCCUGUGUUGUUUGAGGAGGAAGCUUGGUAUCUAUUUCGAGAAAUGGCAGGAAAAGUUGUAGAUAGACGUGAUAUCAAUCCAAUAGCAAGAGAGAUUGCAAAGGAAUGUGGUGGUUUACCUCUUGCAAUUGUGACAGUUGGAAGAGCUUUGAGUAAUGAAGGAAAGUCUGCUUGGACGGAUGCACUUAACCAAUUGAAAAAAUCAUCUUCUUUCUCUCAUGUUGGUAAAUCUGUUCACCCUCGUAUUGAGCUUAGUUUAAAGUUUUUGAAUAGUAAUGUACACCAGUUCUUCCUUAUGCUUUGUGGAUUGUUUCCGGAAGACUUUGACAUUCCUAUUGAAGGUUUAUUGAAUCAUGCAAUGGGCUUGAGAUUGUUCGAAGACAUUACUUCUUCAUGGGAAGCAAGAGAUCGAGUGGAUACAUUGGUGGUUGAUUUGAAGAGAAAGUUCUUGUUGUUGGAUAGCAAUGUCAAAGGAUGUGUAAAGAUGCAUGAUAUUGUCCGUGAAGUUGUCUUAUCAAUAGCAAAUCAAAAUGCAGAAGAUAGGUUUAUGGUGCAAUACAAUUUUAAGUGGAUAAAAAAAGAGAAAUUAGACAACAUCAAUGCACUAUCACUUAUCUUGGAUGAUACAAAAGAGUUAGAAAAUGACUUUGAGUGUACAACGCUUAAACUUCUACAAGUAAGAGCCCAAGAAACAAAACCAAUCUUUUGGCCUGAACAUUUCUUCAAAGGAAUGUGUGCACUUAAAGUUUUAUCUAUGCAAAAUUUGUGCAUUCCGAAAUUGCCAUCUUUAUCUCAAGUCUCAGGUAAUCUCAAUACUUUGCAAGUAGAAUAUUGUGAUGUUGGAGACAUAUCUAUAAUUGGUAAGGAACUUAUACACCUUGAAGUCCUAAGUUUUGCACAUUCAAAUAUCAAAGAACUGCCAAUUGAAAUAGGAAACUUGAGCAUUCUAAAAUUAUUGGAUUUGAUAUGUUGCAAUGAUCUUAAUGUUAUUUCUGAUAAUGUCUUUAUAAGAUUAACUAAGUUGGAAGAACUUUAUUUAAGGAUGUCCAAUUUUCCUUGGAAGAAUAAUGAUGCUGCAAUCAAAGAGUUGAAAAAGAUAUCUCAUAAGCUAAUGGUUAUUGAGAUGAAAGUUAGAGGGGAUGCAAAUUUUCUCAAAGAAUUGGAUUUCAACAAUUUGCAAAAGUUUUGGAUUUAUGUGGAUCCUUAUACUAGGUUACAUCGCUCUUUAUUUUUGGAGUUAAAAGUAUUGAAUUUGUGCGCUAUGGAUUAUCAAUCUAUUUGUAACACAUUGGUGCUCUUACAAUUGGUUAACAAAUGUGAAAUGCUUUCAAUAAGAAAGGUGAUAAACAUGAAAAAUGUUACGACUAAAUUAUUACAUGAUCGCCAAAAUAAAUACUUAAAAUAUUUGAAAGUUGAUUCAUGUCCUAAUUUGGAGUAUCUCAUAGAUGGUAGUAUCUCACAAAUUCAUACACUAGAAUUGAACAAUCUUAAGAAUUUGAAAGAGAUAUGCCAUUCAUCCCAUCAUCAUGAAGUCGAACGAUUGAUGACUGAGUUCUCAGAUUUGGUUGAACUAGAAUUAAGAGACCUCCCAAGUUUUACUGGCUUCAACAAUGCUACCAUUUUGAAUGAGCUAAACCAAGUAAGUAAAUUAUUAUUUUUAGUAGUUGUU